AUGACUUGCACAAGGUCAAAACAGAGGAGAAAAGCACAGCUUGACAGCAGCCAAAGCCGCAUCUCCAGUGCCUGCUCCGCAAAAAACUAUAGGUGCCCUUCCUGGGCCCCAGGGAGCAGCACGGGGGCGCGGGCCUGGCUGGAGCUCACCACGCUCCCCGGCCUCCCUCCUGCACAGGCCCCCGAAACCCGAACCUGCCACAGCCUGCAGGGCCGAGCCCCCACACCCAACCUCAGCCCGGACCCCGCCCCGCCCCGCCCGCGGGCUCAGUGCCCCACCCCCGAGGCCGGGACCCCCGAGCAGGGCCCCAGAAGGUUAAGUUUCCCACGCGUCGGAGCCCAGCCCGCACCGUCCUCCACGUCUAUAGUCUCACAUACUAUGGCGCCCCUGACCAAGGUCCCCGCUGCCGCCACCGCCGCCACCACCGCCGAGUCGUCCGCCCAGCCCAGCGUCCCCCCCGCCCCUGCAGCAAGCUCCUCCUCCGUCUUGGACAGCUAG